UUCGUUGUCGUGUUGGCAUACAUGUGUCAAUGUGUUGCAAUCUUCCACAGGGGGUGGAGCCGUACAUAGCUGGUGCGGGAGAGAGGCCCGUCAUCUUCGUGUCGUUUGGCACGUUUGUAUCGUCGAUGGAGUUUCUACCAAAGGAAGUGCUUCAUGUUAUCUUGGAGACAUUUGGAAGUCUCAGUGAUUACUUCUUUGUUUGGACAAUUAAUCGCGGUGGCGUGGAUCCGAUCAUACCAACAAAUGUGAGGGUGUUCAAUCGAGUACCACAGAAUGACAUAUUGG